CAGAAAAAAAAGAUCCUGUGGCAGGGGCAGUAGCAAAGAGAGAGAAAACUGAAGUUGAGGACAGACAAAGAAAUUUUUUUUUUUCUUUUUAGACAGAGAACAGAGGCAGAGGCCGCAGAACCAAAGAAACAGAGUAUUUCUUACUCUUUUUUCUUUCAUUUCAAUCCCAGAAAACCAUGCCUUAUUUCCUCCUCCAUUAACGGUCACCUCUUUUCUUUUUCGUUUUUUUUUUUUUUUUCAAUCCGAACUCAUUAUUAUUACUAUUAUAUUGUGCCCUAUCAGCCUACCGGGAUCUCUCUGAUUCUUCUCCUCUUUCUUUCUUUCUUUUACUCUUUCGCAUUAUGAAAAAUCACAUAGCCGACUCAUUCCUUUUGAAGCUUAAAUAUAUUUUAAAAAAAGCCUUAACGUAACCAACGAAAAUUUGCCAGAAACAAGCUUCCUUCUCUCGUUGACAUAGCCAUAUGUACUUGUUUAUGAAAUUUGGUUGUUGAAUCUGAUCUGGGUUUUUGUUGUUUGGGGGUGAAAAGAAGAGAGAAAGGAAGAUGUUAACGUGUAUAGCUUGUUCAAAGCAGCUAAACAAUAACAAUGGAUCUAUUGGGCAACAGGAUGAAGAUACUUCGGAAACUCCUAGGACUAGGCAAGCCAUUAAGGCCCUCACUUCUCAGAUCAAGGACAUAGCAUUGAAAGCAUCAGGAGCUUAUAAAAACUGCAGGCCUUGUUCUGGUUCAUCAAACCAUAACCAUAACCGGAACUAUGCAGACUCCGAUGCCGCCUCUGACUCGGCACGUUUCCAAUGCCCUUACCGUAGAACAGGAAGCUCGAAUUCGACGCCCAGAAUUUGGGGCAAAGAGAUGGAAUCAAGACUAAAAGGACUUUCCAGUGGUGAAGGUACCCCAGCCUCUGUUAGUGGUCGUACAGAAUCAGUAGUGUUUAUGGAGGAAGAUGAGCCUAAGGAAUGGGUUGCACAAGUGGAGCCUGGUGUUUUAAUCACUUUUGUUUCGUUACCUGAAGGGGGGAAUGAUCUGAAAAGAAUUCGAUUCAGUCGCGAAAUGUUUAAUAAAUGGCAAGCUCAAAGGUGGUGGGCUGAGAACUAUGAAAAGGUCAUGGAAUUAUACAAUGUUCAACGCUUUAAUCGUCAAGCAGUCCCGCUUCCAACUCCUCCAAGAUCUGAAGAUGAAGGCUCAAGAAUUGAAUCUGCAAAGGACAGUCCUGUGACUCCACCGCUGAACAAAGAAAGGCCCCGCAACUUUGUCCGGCCAACAGGAAUGGGCUAUUCUUCAUCAGACUCCCUGGAUCAUCACCCAAUGCAGUCCCGUCAAUACUCUGACUCAGCUGCACUUGUUUCAACACCAAAACUCUCCAGCAUUAGUGCAAUCAAGACUGAGACUUCAUCCAUAGAUGGCUCUGUUAGGACUAGUUCAUCAAGAGAGGCAGAUCGCUCUGGAGAGCUCUCUAUCAGUAAUGCCAGUGACAUGGAAACCGAAUGGGUUGAACAGGAUGAACCAGGGGUUUACAUCACUAUUAGAGCACUUCCAGGUGGUACUCGGGAGCUUAGACGUGUCCGCUUCAGCCGAGAGAAGUUUGGAGAAAUGCAUGCAAGGAUGUGGUGGGAAGAAAACCGAGCCAGGAUACAAGAACAGUACUUGUGAGAUUUAGCAAAUCAAUGAGAUAUUGGCAUUUGGAAGUUUGUCUCCUUUUAACCACUGGUGUUUAGACAAUUCUGUGUACCUGGGCACUUCCUAUUGUUCUGCUUAGAUAUACACUCAAAUACUACUUUUUCCCCAUAUUUGGUUGGAUGCAGUUGUUGGGUGCUUUUGGGGUUUUGACAAAUUGGUGCAGAAAUUGAAAAGAUGAUGAGAAAUGUUUAGUUAAAAUAAUUCUUGUUCAUUUUCAUUAGAGCUAUACUUUUCAUCCAAACUAUUUAUAUAAGUUAUAACCUUGAUAUUAUCUCACAUUUACAGGCUUUUUUUUCAUUGAGAUGGGGGUGUUUUCCCCUGUUUGUUUGAGGGGAAGAAAAAAGAUUAAAAUGAAAAUUUUUGUA